CUGCUCCCCAGUGUUGCCAACUUAGUGGAUAUUCCACUAGAUCUGGUGGUUUAGAUAUACGUUUUAGCGGGCGAAUUUUGGUUUUAGUGGCUAGUGGAUUUUUCUAGUGGUUUAGUUUGUUUCAUUCAGUGGGAUGCUACGACAUUUAACCACUAGCACGAUUGAUAUCUUUAUAGGAAAAGACGAAAACAUUUACCUUAUUAAGGAAUAUUUUGUCAUUAUGUAGGCAACUCUGUAAAAUUACGUUGGUUAUUCUCGGGAAUUUCCCGAAACAAGUUUAUGAAUUUCUUAAAUUAUUUUGAUUAUGGACUUUAUUCGUAUGACUAAUAGGUCAAAUUUGAUUUGAAUUAAUGAGAUUUGUAUGUGUUCGUUUCGUAUGCAUGCACAAAAAUAGAAAUACACAACACAGAUACUUAGUAGUUUUGGUUAUCCUAUGCAUCGGAGUGUUUGUUUAAAAUUCAAGUUUAGUUUAUUUUUAAAACAAAAUGCCAAAAGCGCAAUAUACGCAAAAGUUCCGGGAUUGUUGGUUACGGGACUCCCAAUUAAAGGACUGGCUGCAAGUGGUAGAAAGUACAGCUGGUCCAAUUGCAAAGUGCAGAUUAUGUGGCUCUGUAUUGAGAAAUCAUUACGGAGAUUUAAAGAAUCACGGAUUAUCGAAAAAACACUUGCAAAAUUCAAAGAUUAUAGCUACGCAACCAAAGUUGCCUUUUAAACGAGAAGGCGUGGGAAAAAAGAAAGAAGAAGCUAGGCUAGCAUUAUUUACAGCAGCACAUACCAGCCUACGUGUAGUAGAUCAUAUGGGAGAAGUGGUGAAUCACAUGCACAAAGAGGACGAAAAAAUUCAUUUACAUAGGACAAAAUGUUCUCAAAUUAUAAAAAAUGUGCUAUCACCCCAUUUCGCUGAAAACUUAAAAGAAGAUUUGAAAGAUCAACCCUAUAGUUUAUUGAUAGACGAAUCGACCGAUAUUUCCGUUCACAAAUAUCUGGGAAUAAUAAUCAUUUAUUACAGCUGCAGUCACAAAAAAAUAAUGUCUACAUUUUUAGAUCUUCCAAUGCUGACCGAGUGUGAUGCAGAUGGGAUUGUUGGUACCAUAAAAGCGACACUCGCUAGAUUUAAUAUACCUCUACAAAAUUUAAUGGGCAUCGGAACAGAUAAUGCUUCCGUGAUGACCGGCGUCAAUAACGGUGUAUAUGCUAAACUGAAAAAGGAUUUGCCGAGUUUAGUUUUGGUGCGUUGCAUUUGUCACUCUCUGCAAUUGGCAGUAUCGGCAGUAACAAAGCAAUUUUUACCGAGAAAUCUCGAGUUUAUUAUUAAAGAAACAUAUGAUUGGUUCAAUCGAUCUUCGUCAAGGCAAGCGGCUUACAAAGAACUAUACAAACUUAUAAACGACGGUCAUGAUCCAUUAAAAAUUGUACAGUCUUGUCAAACUCGAUGGCUUUCUAUAGAGUCCGCAGUUGCACGCAUUUACGCACAAUGGUUGGAACUGAAAACACAUUUUAAUAUGGCCAAAUUGAAAGAAAGGUGUUACACAGCAGAAUUGCUGCAUGGAAUGUAUUCAGAUGACGUGAAUUAUGCGUACAUUUCAUUUAUGUAUCCAAUUCUCACUGAAAUUAACAGAGUGAAUAAAUUAUUUGAAUCGAAAGAUGCAGAUCAUACAAAACUGUACGACGAAUUGACAAAUUUGGUUGAUUCACUUGUUACCAAAAUAGUACUGCCGACCCAGAAGGUAGACGUUUUUACGCAAAACAUUAAAGAUUUUGUUGAUAAGAAAUGUUAUUUGGGGUACAGAUUCGAAUCUUUUGUGUCAACGAUGAGAGAAAAAGGACUUCCACGGAAUGAAGAAGAAAUGAUACGUAAUAGGUGCAUCCAGUUUAUUGUGCAGUUGGUUAAUGAACUGAAAAACAGAUUGCCCGAAAACUUAAAGCUCAUGAAAAAUAUGAAAAGAAUUAGUGUAGAUUGUGCACUGUCUCACAAUAAAGAGCCGAUCACUGACCUGAUCUUACAUUUUAAUAAAAAUCAAGAAUACAUAGCGAAAGUUGACGAGCAGUGGCGUCAAAUCCAUUUACUCAAAUGGAUAAAUACAAAAAAUACCAAGGAAUUUUGGUACGAGGUGCUGGAUUUCGAAGACAUUGCAGGAGAAAACCGAUUUGAAGAUUUAGCCACGUUUGCUAUAUCUUUAUUAGUUUUACCGCACUCUAAUGCUGAAGUAGAGCGAUUAUUCAGCAUGAUGAAUAUCGUGAAAACAAAACACAGAAACCGAAUGAAGCUAGAUCUACUGUCAUCUAUUAUGACAAUCCGCGCAGGUUUAAAACGCGAAGGAAAGUGUUGCAAUAAUUACAUCUUGCCAAAUUCUGUAGUCCAGAAAAUAGGAACGAAAGAAGUGUACUUAAAAUCAGAAGGUGCAGAGGAAACCGACUCUGCUGAAGAUGAUUUUUAACGAUUUUGUAUGUCUUCUAUUAGUUGUUUUGUAAUGAAAAUAAACUAAUUUUAUAAUUCAAUUUACAA